CAGGAAAUGGAGGACUUUUGCGUGAAUUCCACGCCUACCCCAUGUUCUUUUGGAGAUUUGGCUAACUAAAUAGACUUUGGUGGAGAAGAAUACAGGUCAAAGUUUGCAUCUUUCUCUUGCCGUUGAUAACGCUUCACAAUCGACAUCUUGGUUUUGUCCCACACUUGUAUUCUCUAGAUACAUUUCUGUUUUCUUCCUUUGUUCUUCUUACUUUCCUUAAGAUGCUGCUGUUUCCUCAGUCGCCUUCGAAAACCCAAAAUCCGUCUCGGUUGAUAAACCUCUUCAUAAUCUCGUCUUCCGUCUUCACGCUCUUUCUUCUCGUGUCGUUCUUCCUUGUGUUUACAAGCUCAAAGCUUGCAUAUAUUAGUUCUUUGUCUCAAGAUGCGUAUUCCCCGCCCUCAACCUCUCUCGAGCACAUUGUGUUCGGGAUUGCUUCGAAUCAGAAAUCGUGGUCUGCUAAGAGGAAGGAGUACGUCAGGCUCUGGUGGAAGAACCAAUCCAUGAGGGGAUGUGUGUUUCUGGAUAGCCUUCCGCCUGAUCAUCACCAUCACGCCAACGAUACCUCUCUUCCUCCAGUGUGUAUCUCAGGUGACACUGCUCGUUUUCGUUACACUUACAGAGGCGGUCUCAGGUCUGCUAUUCGCGUUGCGCGUGUUGUUUCUGAGAUCGUGGCGCUUAACCAUACGAAUGUGAGGUGGUAUGUCUUCGGAGAUGAUGACACGAUUUUUUUCCCGGAGAAUUUGGUGAAGACACUAUCGAAGUAUGAUCAUGGGCUGUGGUACUACAUUGGGACAUCCUCCGAAGUUUACGAGCAAAAUAGGGUGUUCGGAUUUGGAAUGGCUUAUGGUGGUGCAGGUUUCGCUAUAAGUGCCCCGUUGGCAAAAGUACUGGCGAAGGUGUUUGAUUCGUGUUUAGAACGAUAUCCGCAUCUCUAUGGAAGCGACUCUAGGAUUUCCUCUUGCUUGGCAGAGCUCGGCGUUGGGUUAACACGCGAACCCGGUUUCCAUCAGAAUGACAUUCACGGCGAUAUGUUUGGUCUGCUGGCUUCGCAUCCAGUGACACCUUUGGUAUCCCUGCAUCACAUCGAUCACGUAAACCCCAUCUUCCCCAACAUGACGACUCUCAACGCUCUGCAGCAUUUGUUUAAAGCUGCCAACGUUGAUUCUCAAAGAAUGUUACAGAAAACAGUCUGCUAUGACAGAUGGUUUUCGUGGACUAUCAUGGUGUCAUGGGGUUACGCUGUUCAAGUAUACGGAAACCAUAUUCUUCUGCCGGAUGCCCUUCCCGUGCAAGAGACAUUCAGCCAGUGGAAAAAGGGAAGUGUUUUAACAGGAGCUUAUCUCUUUAACACAAGAGAACAUCACAAGGAUCCAUGUCGAAGGCCUGUUGUUUUCUUUCUGGAUGAUGUGUCUUCUGGUGCGGGUAGAAUCAAGAGCACCUACAAGAAGUCUUACGAAAAUUGCUCCUACGACAUGGCUUCUCCGAGGAGGUUGGAGGAGGUCAAAGUGUACUCACAUAAGCUAGACUUUGAUAUGAAACAGUUGCAGGCGCCACGAAGACAAUGUUGCGAUGUAUUACCUUCUUCGGGCAACAAGGUGAUGGAAAUCGAAAUCAGAGAAUGCAAAGAAGAAGAACUAAUACACAUGCAUCCGUAGGGGUGUUUCGUAUUUGCAUAUAGCCGGAUUAAUUACACAACAUUAUUAUAUCGUCCAGAUAAAAAAUAACGAAUUAUUGUAGAUGUUAGGAAAAUUAAUACUACUUAAUUGUCUAAUCCAAUGUAAAUUAGGAAUGCCAUUGUAUUCGACAUUGAAAUGUGUUGUCUCAAA